AUGCCUCCUAAAAGAAAGCAAACUUCUCGUGAGACGACUCCCGACGAAUAUUUGGAAGAGUACAGUGACUACUCUGAUGGAGAGUACUCGGACACUCCCGUUCUUCGUGAUGGACGACUCCGGGCGCGAACUGGCCGCGGCAAUGCAAACGCUGCAUCUGCUGCAGUUGCAACUACGGAUCCACAAUUUGAUUCGUCACAUACAGGCAUUUCAUCUAUGUUUGGACAGAGUGAUUUUUCGGGGCUGUUGGGUUUAAAGGCUGACCACGCUGCCCGACCUUUAUGGAUUAAUCCAGUCGAUGGACGUGUUAUUCUUGAAGCAUUUAGCCCCCUAGCUGAGCAAGCUAUUGAUUUUCUUGUCACAAUCGCCGAACCUAUUUCUCGUCCGGCAUUUAUUCAUGAGUACCGUAUCACCGCAUACUCGCUGUAUGCUGCAGUUAGUGUUGGUUUAAAAACAGAGGACAUUAUUAACGUGCUUGACCGUCUGUCUAAAACCCCUAUUCCACAACAAAUUGUGGAGUUUAUUCGCGCUUGUACCGUUUCAUAUGGUAAGGUCAAGCUUGUUUUGAAAAAAAAUCGUUACUUCGUUGAGAGUGGAGAUGCGAAUGUGCUUAGACUAUUGCUUCGGGAUUCUAUCAUUGGCCCUUUGCGUAUUGAAUCUUCGGCUCAAAACAAAAAGGAUGAUAAGCAACCUCAGCCUAACACCUCGGAAGAAAAGGCAGCGAAAGCUGCUGUGAAGUCAGAAACUACGAACAAGAGCGAAGACUUGUUUACUGCUGUUGUGGAUCUGCAAGACGAAGAAGAUGAUGAAGACGCUGUUCAUUCUUUUGAGAUUUCGCAUUCAUCGGUGGAAACCAUUAAAAAGCGGUGUGCUGAAAUCGACUAUCCGUUAUUGGAAGAAUAUGAUUUUCGAAAUGAUAAUAUUAAUCCCGACCUGGAUAUUGACCUUAAACCGAGUACCCAGAUUCGUCCAUACCAAGAGAAAAGUUUAAGUAAGAUGUUUGGUAACGGCCGUGCCAGAAGUGGUAUUAUUGUGUUGCCUUGUGGUGCUGGUAAAACUUUGGUCGGAAUUACCGCUGCCUGUACUAUUAAAAAGUCCGUUAUCGUCCUGUGCACUAGUUCUGUGUCUGUCAUGCAAUGGAGACAACAGUUUUUACAAUGGAGUAACAUCAAAAGCGACCAUGUAGCUGUAUUUACUGCUGACCACAAAGAGGCUUUCCGUAGUGAAGCCGGUAUUGUCGUGUCCACUUACUCUAUGGUUGCCAACACACGAAACCGUUCGUACGAUUCCCAAAAGAUGAUGGACUUUUUGACUGGUAGAGAGUGGGGUUUUAUUUUACUUGAUGAGGUGCACGUUGUCCCUGCCGCUAUGUUCCGUCGAGUGGUUACAACUAUUGCUGCACAUACGAAACUUGGUCUAACAGCUACCCUUGUGCGUGAAGAUGACAAGAUUGACGAUUUGAACUUCUUGAUUGGACCUAAAAUGUAUGAGGCCAACUGGAUGGAUCUGGCACAGAAAGGUCAUAUUGCCAAUGUUCAAUGUGCUGAAGUUUGGUGUCCGAUGACGGCCGAGUUUUAUAAUGAGUAUUUACGUGAAGACUCGCGGAAACGUAUGCUGUUAUACAUUAUGAAUCCCAAAAAGUUUCAAGCGUGCCAGUUUCUUAUUGACUAUCAUGAAAAACGUGGAGACAAAAUCAUUGUGUUCUCAGAUAAUGUGUACGCAUUGAGGGCGUAUGCACUGAAACUGGGAAAGUAUUUUAUUUAUGGUGGAACUCCCCAGCAAGAACGUAUGCGUAUUUUGGAAAACUUUCAGUAUAACGAGCUUGUGAACACAAUCUUCUUAUCAAAGGUUGGUGAUACAUCCAUUGAUUUGCCUGAAGCAACGUGUCUUAUUCAAAUCUCCUCUCAUUACGGUAGUCGUCGUCAAGAGGCACAACGUUUGGGUCGUAUUCUUCGUGCCAAAAGAAGAAAUGAUGAGGGUUUCAAUGCCUUUUUCUACAGCUUAGUAUCGAAAGAUACGCAAGAAAUGUACUAUUCAAGUAAGCGCCAAGCUUUCUUGAUUGAUCAGGGUUAUGCAUUUAAGGUCGUCACAAACUUAAAGGGUAUGGAGAAUUUACCAAAUCUUGCUUAUGCCACAAAAGCAGAACGCCUUGAACUGUUGCAAGAAGUCUUGCUCCAGAACGAAGAUGCUGCUGACCUUGACGAGGGCGAGGAAUACUCAGGCUUCGGUCGUGCUCGUGCGGCUGCGAGAGCGAAACGGGCGAAUGGUUCUCUCAGUACGCUGGCCGGUGCCGAUAACAUGGCUUACGUUGAGUAUAAUAAGAGUGCCAACAAACAGCUGAAGAGGGAAUCGAAGGAGCAUCAUGCCCUUUUCCGGAAACAUAUGUAUACUAAACGUCGUUAA